UGGAGAAAAUUUCCACGAGGUACACAGUGCAGUACAGGUGAAUAAAAGCUUUCUUUUGUAUAGACAAGAAUGGCUGGGGAGACGUUCGUCUACUCCUUCACACAGAGUAACAUUGGAACAAGUGCCCAAAUUACUGACAAGUUGACUGACUUGAGUCAGGGAGCCACUAGCCAGCCACCAGCAGGAGAUAAAGGAUGCUUCACUGAGCUGAGGGAUAUGGUCAUACGUCAGCUGGUGGUGUCAGAGACCCACGUUGCCAUGCUAACAGAAGACGGGAGAAUAUGCCGGAUACGCUACACAGAGGAAACCACACCCCCUCAGCCACUGGCCACACCCACAGCUGGGAGAGAGAAAAGUGACGACGAGGCAGCCUCUACAUCGAGCACACGUUCCUAUGGUUCCCGGAGUGCGUCCCCACGUCCUGAUGAAGACAGACCAUCCUCCAACUCACUGAGUCAUGUGUGGGGGUCUAUCAUGAGCUCUGGCCCCUCCUCUGCCGUGCUCAGCUCAGGGGGUGGUCUCAGAGUACCUGGUAGAGGGAGGAUACUGCUCAGACGGAGGGGUGGUGGUCACGGGAUAGUGGCACGCUGGCCUGUCAUACCAGCAGGAGAUGUACCGGAUGAACUGGUGGACCAGGCUAUGGCCGUACUGCAGGGAAAGUCUAAAGAGAUGGUCAUUAGAGAACUGCAGAAGACGAACCUUGAUGUGAACCAGGCAGUCAACAACCUACUGAGUAGGGAGGAUGAUGAUGGGGAUGCCAGUCAUGACGAGGGCAGCGUGCUGGCAUCAGGAGAGGAGCUGCUGAGUCUGCUGGGACCUGGUCUGGCUAGCGUUGGUGAGGAGGAGCUGGAUGAGGUACUAGCGAGGGGGAGAGGGGAGGAGGGCGGAGGAAGUGGGCGGGACUCUAGACUCACUCUCUAUGAAUUCAGUGACCCUCUCCUACAAGUGAGUGAGCUUCGUUCCCUAGUGAGUAUAGGUGAUGGUGCGGCAGGAGGGGCCAGCUCCGGUGGUGGAGGGGGUGUGGCUAGUGGGGAGGGGAGUAAGAGACCCAACACUAGAGGAGGACUCUCCAGCAAGAAGAAGAAGUCAUCCUCCACCUCUCAGGCCCCACCCCUCGGCCCGCUAUUGUUUGACAGCAGCAUCGAAUGGUGGGGGGAAGACAAGGAUGGUCCAUCGUUUAAGCUGAUUGCUGGACUCUACUCUGAGCUGUUGGCAGUCGACUCUAACGGCAAACUACAUGGGUGGGCGUGGUCAUGCCCCACCCCCUAUCCAGGAGCACAUCCUCUCGAGGCGAGACUAGAGAUAGGAGACGAGAGUGUGAGACUGUUGUCUUGUAAGCUGCUCCGUGGGAGUCUAAUCACAGAGUCUGGCAAGGUGGCCACAUUUGUGGAUGGUAGUGUUCGGGAGUUUGCCUCUCGACUGGAGGGAAAGGCAGUGGCAGUGAGUGAGUUGGCUGGAGAGAGCAUCAGCACCCUCUCUGUCAGUGAGCUGGUCAGUGCCAUCGCCACAGAGUCUGGCAAGGUCUACUGGUGGGGUGUCCUACCAUUCUCUGAGCGCAAACAAGCCGUGGGCCAGAAUCAGGAGAAGCUGCGAGUGCUCAAGUACCAGUACACAGGGAGUGGCUCUGAGCUGACAGAGGGCAGUCGAGUGUGUCUACGCUUGUCCCCCGUCUAUUCCCUGGGGACCAAAGCUGUCCACAUCAAGGGCUCUCGUAUACAAUGUGGUGUACUGUUAGAGAAUGUGAUGAGUCCAAGUCUGUCAGAGAAGUGUCAGUUCAGGGUGGUUACCCCGGGCAACCCGCAGGAGAUGGAGGCAGACAAUAACAAGACAGAAGAUACUCUAGAUGUGCAUAUUGGCUCUAAACGCAAGUACCCCAGCGACAGCAAUGAAGACAUGCUCACUAAGAGAGAGGAGUGGUCUCUGCGUGAUGUAGUGUUCACAGAUCAUGUGACUAAUCACAAGGAAGGCUCAGUGGUGAAGGUAGAUGGGAACUACGUGGCUGUACACUAUCCCCCUCUCGACCCAACACAACUGAGUCAAGUCAACCUGGCCAGCUGUAGACUACUACGCAAGGAUGAGCUAGUCUUGGUGAGUGAGGCGUCCCCGCACCACACUCCCUACUUCAUUCAAGAGGUCCCUCGCAGACUCCGCCCACCACACUCGUACACUCUCCUCACUCUAGCCACGGACACCCGAGGACUACAUUGUCUCUAUGCUGCCAGAGACUUACUGCAUUACGUUGUGUACAAUCUCGACUCUGGCAAGCCGUUACAAGAUUCUCAGUUUAGUCUGCUCUCGUCCCAAUACUUGUUAAAGCAAGGCGGGGCACUUCAAUUAACGCCCAUCAAUCUGAGUGUGGGUGUGGUCAUGGACGAGCACGGUGGACUGUUCCCCGUCUCCAAAAACAACACUGGCAAUAUACGAGAUCUUCCACAACUAAAUGUUCCUCCUAUCUCGUGCGUGGGUGUGGGGGCGUGCUCUAAUAGGAACAGUCUGGUUUCCGUGGUGUUUCAGCGUCAACGCCUCAUGCCUGCAAUCUUACGUAAAGACCUCACCACGGUCUCUAAUCUUAUAGCAAGCUUCAAAGCUCUAUCAGAGGAUGCCCUCAGUCCUGAAUCCACGGCUGCCCUGAGGGAGCAUUGCUCUGGUGGAUGCAAUGUGUUUCAUGUGCUGGCUGCUCUUGCUCGACCACCUGACCCCACCCCAGUGUCAGGGGACAAGAAGGGAUCGGGAGCAGCACGCUCUACACCUAGGGGACUGCUCAGGGAUAUCAUGAAGCAAGCCAUGGCCAUGUCAAGGACACCCCCCUCUCUCUCAAGCAUGGACUGGGCGGGGAGUGACAGUGUGGAGGUGGACGAUGAGCCUCAGAGUGAUGUAGCUCUGGACAUAUUUGAGAAGGUGGUUUCCCUGGAAGGCCAUGCCCCCCUCUACACUGAGCUGCUGCAAGAGAGGAGUCUAGAUGGCUACACUCCAUUCAUGGCUGCUGUCACCUUCAAGUCAUACGGACUGGCGUGCCUGCUGCUCCAUUUGGCCCAGCAGUUGAGUGGUGAGGACAAGACUAGUCUCACGGCCAUGCUCUACCCUCCCGACACUCACCCUGAUGAUAACCCAGUGUUUAUCCUCGUUCGAAACGACCCUUGCUCCUUCACUUGGACAGGGGAGGAGCAUAUUCAACAAGACAUAUUUGAGUGUCGUACGUGUGGUCUGAUUGGUUCCCUGUGUUGCUGCACUGAGUGUGCGUACACUUGUCACCGUGGUCACGACUGCUCCUUCAAGAAGGCUAGUCCCACUGCCUACUGUGACUGCUGGGAGGUGGGCAAGUGCCACGCUCUCGCAUCAGGCUACGAGUAUGAGCGACGUUCCCUACUAGAGAAGCUCCUAAAAUGCUCCAAUCUGGGUACAAAGGUCAAUGCUCGUGGAGAGCAUUUGAUUGGCUUGUUGGCUAGUAUGGUAGCACGUCAAGGGAAGGAGCAGUCACACUGGGGAGGGGGGCGACUAGGGGGGAGUUUCAGAACCUCCAGGAGCAAACACGAAGAGAUCCCUUCCUAUAAUCUUCCACCGCCACGAUUUGCUCAGAAGGCUCUCAACAUGGCACUGGAUAAUUGGGAGUGUGUGAAAAGUGUGCUCCUGUGUGGGUGUGAGGGUGUAGAGAGUGUGGAGGGUCACGUUGACACCACCUCCCUUGACUGUUUCACCCACCUCCUGCUAACCAGACUCAGUCAGAAGAAUCUGGACUCCAUGCUCACACUGUUGGUGAAGCAGCUUGGCCCCGCCCCCUCCACUGGGCCAGAGGUGGCUCUGAGUGCAGCUGCUCGGUUCCUGAGGUCAGUGAUUCGAGUGUUCACUGUAGCACAGCUUGAGAGCACAGCCGUCGCCUCGAAUGUUGUCAUGGAUACGUCCAGGAAGAAGAGUCAUUCCCCGACUGUUCUGAUGGAGCGCUGUCAGAAGGUGUUCUCGUCCCUCGCUCCCCUCACUGUAAGACAGCUUGUGCCCAUGGCCAAGGCAGUCAUCCUCCCCGUCAUGCUGGGAGUGGCCAGGCCCAUGGACCCUCUGUGUAUGUCUGACCGUGGGCGUGUGUGUGAGGAUGUAUUUCGUCUGCCGUUAGUCUCGUUGCUGCGUUUGGGGGCAUGUCAAGAGGAGGUAGGCGGUGAUGGUGAGGGGGCGGAUAGUGAGACGGGGGAAGAGGACCCGCCCACACUUGCACUAGACGCCAGCUCCACUGUGACCACAGGAUCACACCUCCUCUAUCUCUCCGAUCAGGACUCUAGUGAUGGAGAGGAGGUGGAGAGUGUGCCAGAUGACAUCUCUUUGGCUGAAUCUCACGAGGACUACUCGUUGUUUGAGCCCGCCACCCCCCACCCAGUCACUACAGGCACACACUGGGCCCUCCCACACACUCGCUCGUCCUACCACUCAAGCUCAAGACUGGCACGAUCAAACAGCACUGGAAGGGAUGUCCAAAGCAUGGGCAUGUCUGCCUCCCUCCUCUCCCAAACCUUCUGUCUGCUCCUGCGUCAACUGGCCGAGACUCUAGACCCACUGUGGGAUAAGUGCUCCGCCCCCUCACUGCCGGACACCCUCCACGUGUCCGAGGGAGAACCAAAGGACCUGUACGACUUUGUGUGGGAGGAGCUUCAAGAUGUGUGGACCUGGCUCUUCAAUUGUUUGGACGUUCUCCAGAGCCAGCUGUCGUUUGGAAGCAUUGUCAGCAAAAAGGUGUCCAGGACCACUAGCCCUCCCUCUAAGCACGAGGCUGGCAGUGAGAGCAGGGAGCAUCGCAAGGAGGCCUUCUCGUACAUGCUCACACUCUUUAAGGGGGGGUGUGGUGAGCAUGGUGGGCGUGUCCCCUCACUGGACGUGGGCGGUAUGGAACACCUGGCCUUCACACUGGACUCACUCUAUCAUCUACUGCAGAACACGCGCUCCCCACCCCCCAGUGAGGAUGCUAGCGAAAUACCUCCCAGUACUAGCGAAAGACCCCCCAGUGAGGGGGCUAGCGAGAGACCCCCUGAUCAGCUACAAGCUAGUGUGACAGUGUCUGGAGAUGUGGAGAUGACAGACGAGGAAGAGGGUGUGGUUUCAGAGGAAGGGAGUGUGGUGAUGAUGGAACAAGAGGGUGUGGUCAAGGAAAAGGGCAUUAAUCGGAGCAUUCGAAAAUUCUUUCAUCGCUCCAACUCCACCGUGUGUUUAGGGAAACUCCCUCACUCGCCCUUUGACCCUUUGGUAGAUGUGCUACCGCUGGCAGAGAAGCCACAACUCAUGGACUCAGUACAGGACAAGCAAGUGUUGUUUGGUUACCAGGUGCCAAUGCCGCUGUGUCAGUGGCCAUCGUGUUCCCUGGUCCCUCCCCCAAUCCUCUCACUCCUCGCUGAUAAGGGGGGGUGGCCACGAGGACCUGAGCAUGGAUCAUCUGGUUGUCAACUGAGUGAUGAUCAGGUGUGUGGGUGGGAUAGUCACAAGCUAGCAGCCUCCAUUCUGAUUGGACGCUGGGACCUUUGCUUGGAGGUGUUUGGGAGAGCCUUUAUGGACACUGUUGGCAAGCUGAGGGGCUCUGUGCUGUGUCUGGAGCAACAGUUCAAGCAAAGAGACAAACAGUUCAGGAGAGAGAUGGACCUCCUCAGAUCCUCCAACCACAAGGAGAUGAUAUUUGAGGUUGAUCGAUCUCGUGAUAAGUUUCUGUCUGGGUUGUUCCAAAAGCUGAACCACUUCUGUGACCAUCGUCUCAUCACGGGGUCACAGGGGUCAACUCCCCUCCUUGUGCAUCGUCUCAAGGUGACCUUUGCCGGGGAGCAGGGGGAGGGCUCUGGGGUACUACGCAGUAUGUUCACCGUCACAGCUGAGGCUGUCUUGUCUGAUGAUCCUCCACCCACCAUUGAGAUGUCAGUGAAGUCAUUCAACGACACACCCACCACUCGGCGUGGAGGGGGCGGGGCUAGUGGGCGGAGAUCCAGAGACAAGUCUCGUUUCAGUGUCUCCUCUCUCAGUGCUCUCAAGAGACCAAAAAGAGGCCCCUCCCCCUUGGACCCCCCUCUGUUCUACCAGCCCGGCAAGAUAGGAUUCUACGCUCCUCGUGUGGCCACCAACACUCCGGAGAGACUCAAUGCAUAUCGUAAUAUUGGUCGUCUCAUUGGCCUCUGUUUGCUCCAUACAGAGGUCAUGACCCUGCCACUCUGUAGACACGUUUUCAAGUUCCUGCUCAGGAGAGAGAUUAGCUGGCAUGACCUUGCCUUCUUUGACCCUGGUGUCUAUGAGAGCAUGCGUAAGAUGAUCCUGGAGUCACGGAAACCCGAUGGUGCUGCCUACCUCUCCACUCUUGGGCUCUCCUUCUCUCUCACUCUGCGUCCUGAAGAGGGUGGGGCCUCACACGACCUUCUAGAGGGGAGAGGAGCAACUACAGUCACUCCUGACAAUGUGUAUGAGUAUGUGAGACAGUACGCACUCUUGAGGAUGGUCAAUAUCAAUCAAGACCCACUGGAGCAACUUCGUGAGGGCAUGUAUGAGGCCAUCCCAGAGUCUGUGCUGAGUCAGCUAUCAGCAGAGGACCUCCGACUCUUGUUGUGUGGGUGUCCCCAUAUUGACGUGGACGUGGUGCGCGGGAUCACUGUCUUUGAGGAUGAAAGUCGCAAGGAUCAGGAACAGUUGAGUCGAUUCAAAGGUUGGUUCUGGUCUGUGGUGGAGAGGAUGACGCAACGAGAGAGACAAGAUCUCCUCUACUUCUGGACCAGUUCCCCCGUCCUCCCGGCCAGUGUGGACUCGUAUCAGCCCCCUCCCAGUGUUACCAUCCGCCCCCCUGAUGACCAACACCUCCCCACUGCCAACACUUGCAUCUCACGUCUCUAUGUGCCCCUCUAUUCAAGCAAGGCCAUUCUGAGAGCAAGACUUCUUACUGCUAUUAAGACUAAAGCAUUUGGCUUUGUGUAAACUCUUAACUGCAGAUCUUAGCUUUUGUACAAACUAUUUAUUUAUCAUUAAUCAUGCAGUUAUUAAAUAAGUGAUGAUGAUUAAAUUAUCCACCCCAUGCAAUUGACCUCUCUAUAAUUAUCCACCCCAUGCAAUUGACCUCUCUAUAAUUAUCCACCCCAUGCAAUUGACCUCUCUAUAAUUAUCCACCCCAUGCAAUUGACCUCUCUAUAAUUAUCCACCCCAUGCAAUUGACCUCUCUAUAAUUA